AACGCCGAGUCAAUUUUAUUUCUAAAACAAUUAAAACGACAUUAAUGUACUUAAUGUACAUCCUCCUCACAGGAUGUUCUGGAAACUCCCUUGGUCAAAUCUUUGUGCGGCGUGUGCCAGCAGGAGGAGGAACUCUGGGAUGCCAUAUAUGACGUCGUAGAGGUGCUCCAAGUGGAGCUGCUCCUACCUAGAAAGAUGUGGCAAUAUUAAAGUAGACGCCAACGACUCACGUCAAAGGUUCUUGUACCAGGAGUGCCCCAACGUGCUGAUUAGCGAUGCCAAGUUUAGCAGGAAGUGCUCGAAGAAAGAGAUGAGGGCUUGGGUCGAUACUCAGAAGCACCCGACGGAAAUGGAGACCACUGAGGUUGCAGAGUGGACAUCAGACAUGUAUGCCCGUAGUGCGACAAGUGCCUGCAAUCCGCCUCCAGUCUUGCCAUACUUCUAAGAAGCGGUCCCUCGUCUGCGAAAUAUGUUCGACGACAUUCAAGGACAAAAUAUCCCUAGUCGCUCAUCAGAGGCGACACCAGCAGGUCUUAGAGUACAUGUGCCUACACAGCGAAUGUGACUUUUUGGAGGAGAUCGAUCUACGACGACAUAUAGCCGCCUGGCAUAUGAACGACUGGCCCCACACUUGCACCGUUUGCCAAAGCAGCUUCUUCCGAGUGGAAAUUGUGGCUUCCUGUGAAGCCACAAACGGAAUCACACUGGAAAUCGCCUGCACCGCUGCCUAGUGUGCGAGAAAACCUUUAGCAGGGCGGGGCAUGUCCGAAAGCAAGAGAUGCGUCACGAAGCCGGCAAAUGAUAAGGUGCAGACUUCGAUUUUGGCCAGUGCACUGGCUCAGUCAAGGCAGGGUCAAGGUAAGAGCUAUCAGUAAGCUUAUUAUUAGCUCUGUGGGCUUCUCGCAAUCCCCAGGAAAUUCUUAGAGCUCACAAACGUUUGAGUCUCCCAAGCAAAAAGAUGAUCGCAAGGCGAGUGUUGAUUGGGAUCAUCUUAGUGGUCUUUUUAGCACAGGGCAGCAUCGCCUCACACCGUAGUCCGCGUGGAGUGCACGUCAAACUACCUGGCAGCAACUCAGUAGCGCUAACCAGCGCAGUGCGAAGUGUAAAAGAAAAGAUUGAGCAACAGAAUGAGAUCCUGAGUCGUCUGGCCAAUGCUACUGAGCAGCCUUUGGUUGCCUCGAACGCCUUCCUGCGCAAUUGUGCGCUGACCGACAAGCACGGAUACACCCGCAUCCAACUGGAGGAGGCCAGUAAGCCGUUCGACGUAUUCUGCGAGCAGGCGCAGGACGAGGGCGGCUGGACUCUGGUGCUGCAGCGAUUCAAUGGCACUCGGCGCACUGCCCAGGAGUUUCGCACUGGGUACAACAGCAUCGUGGAUGGAGAGUACUUCCUGGGCACGGAUAAGCUCUAUGCACUGACUCAUUCGCGGGACCACGAGCUGCUCUUCGUGAUGGAGUUCAUGGACCGGACGACGCGUACCCACCAGGCGCAGCGGUUCAUCCUGCAGAGCCCCACAGCUCACCUCACUUGGGCCGAAGAACAAGAAACCGCCCGGUAUAGCUGGGCACAGUGGGAGCAGGAGAUUGCACGGUUGCCGGCAGGGAAAUCAUGGGAGUCGUACGAAAGCUGUCCAGGCCGUCUCUGCGGACUAGAGCGUUUCAUUGUCUUUUUGCUGAAGUGGAACUUUGCUCAGCUGAACCACAGCCCCUUGAUUGGUCGUCCGAAUAUCCGCCUCUUCAAGUUGCUUCUACGUCCCUCAAACAGCUACUGGACUGUUCAAAAUUCUUAAGAUGUUUUAUCUAAAUCUAAUUUAAUAAACAAGCAAAC